AUGACAUCUGAAGACCUUGUCAGUAGCAAAGAUCAGGAGAUCUGUGCCCUCAGUGAGGAACUGAGGAAGCUGCGGGAAGAUCUGGAGACUAUUCCUGUUCUAAAAGCACAGAUGGAUAUCUACCAUGCAGACUUCCAGGCGGAGAGGAGCGCGCGUGAGCGGCAGCACGAUGAGAUGGAGCAGCUGCGGAUUCAGCUGGAGCAAUUCCGCGCCCACAUGAGUCCUUCCCACGAAGCUCAGCAAUUGCAGUCUCAGUCACAACCACAGCCCACAUCUAAUGCAUCUCGUUCUGGGAGGUACAGAAGAAGUUACCCCUACCCUGGACCCUAUGAUGAACCAGAUGACCAGGCAGACACAUUAACUGACCAGCUGGCUACUCGAAAUCUGGCAUCCUCGGGCGCGGACAGCGACGACGUUAUAGAAAAGAGUGACGAAGUGUCGUCGAAAUUGACAAACGACUGCCCCUCACUAGACAUGUUCCGUGGGUUGGAAAGAACAGAUAUAUCCGACGACAAACACUGCGAUGUUAUAGAGUUGUCGAUGAUGGGACCACCUUCCGCUACCAUGCUGCCACCACCGUGUGAUUGUCCAGUUUGA